AUGAAGAAUUUAUAUAUUUUUAUUGCUCUUCUGUUCAUCCCAUGGAGUUUUGCUUUGGCAAAGUAUGAUGAAUUUGAGGAUGGAGAUGACAUUAUGGAAUAUGAUGAUAAUGACUUUGCUGAAUUUGAAGAUGUUAGUGAAGAUAUGGUCACAGAGUCUCCUCAGAGGAUCAUCACUACAGAAGAUGAUGAAGAAGAAGCCACUGUAGAGCUUGAAGGUCAGGAUGAGAAUCAAGAAGACUUUGAUGACGCAGAUGCACAGGAAGGUGACACUGAGAGUGAACCGUAUGAUGAUGAGGAGUUUGAAGGCUAUGAAGAGAAACCAGAUGCAUCUCAUAGCAAAAAUAAAGAUCCCAUAACAAUAGUUAAUGUCCCUGCUCACCUUCAAAACAGCUGGGAGAGUUACUACAUGGAGAUCCUGAUGGUAACAGGUCUUCUUGCUUACAUCAUGAAUUACAUCAUUGGGAAGAACAAAAACAACCGUCUGGCUCAUGCAUGGUUCAACACUCAUAGGGAGCUGCUAGAAAGUAACUUUGCUCUUGUUGGGGACGACGGCACUAAUAAAGAAGCUACAAGCACUGGGAAACUAAAUCAAGAAAAUGAACACAUAUAUAACUUGUGGUGCUCCGGAAGGGUGUGCUGUGAAGGAAUGCUCAUCCAGUUAAAGUUUCUCAAGAGACAAGACCUACUGAACGUUCUUGCGCGCAUGAUGAGGCCAGCUUCUGACCAAGUGCAAAUAAAAGUAACAAUGAAUGAUGAAGAUAUGGACACCUAUGUGUUUGCUGUUGGAACGAGAAAAGCGCUGGUGCGACUUCAGAAAGAGAUGCAGGACCUGAGCGAGUUCUGCAGCGAUAAACCUAAGUCUGGUGCAAAAUAUGGGCUUCCAGAUUCGCUGGCUAUCUUGUCGGAGAUGGGGGAGGUCACAGAGGGAAUGAUGGACGCUAAGAUGAUACAUUUCCUUACGCACUAUGCUGACAAGAUUGAGUCCGUCCAAUUCUCGGACCAGUUCUCCGGUCCAAAACUUAUGCAAGAGGAGGGUCAGCUUACAAAACUGCCCGAAACUAAAAAGACACUUUUGUUUACAUUUAACGUGCCUGGUUCAGGCAACACUUCCCCAAAGGACAUGGAGUCUUUGCUGCCUCUGAUGAGCAUGGUUAUCUACUCUAUUGACAAAGCAAAGAAGUUCCGUCUGAACAGAGAAGGUAAACAAAAAGCUGACAAGAACAGGGCUCGCGUGGAAGAGAACUUCCUUAAACUGACUCACGUGCAAAGACAGGAGGCUGCCCAGUCCCGUCGAGAAGAGAAAAAACGGGCAGAGAAGGAGCGAAUCAUGAAUGAAGAGGAUCCUGAAAAGCAGCGUCGGCUGGAGGAAGCUGCUUUGCGACGUGAGCAGAAGAAACUUGAGAAGAAGCAGAUGAAGAUGAAGCAAAUCAAAGUGAAAGCUAUGUGACUACAUUGUGAGAAGCGUCUCAGUGCCACCUGCAGAAUUUUAAUUCACAGGGUACAAAGACCUACCUAACUCUAUAAUCCUAUGCUUCUUUGAACACUAGUGGCCAUUGAGAGAAAUGUUCCUUGCAUUGGUGUUAAACUUAAGUAUUACAGCAACAUGCAGGUGUCUGUAGAGAGCUUUGUCUCAGCAGUUUUAUUCCAGGUGGUAUAAAUUUUUGCUACUUGUCAGUUUAAAAAAAAAACAAACCAACCUGCAAUAUUCUUGAAUGCUCUUUGUCAUUUGUUCUUUAAAACCAAGAUUGUAAACCUGUCCACGUGUGCUGGUAACAUAUUCACGCUUUGGUUUUAAACUUUGGGUUUAGUUACUGGGAGGGAAGGGGGAAAAACUUAAGGGGGGGAAAACUGCACAAUAAACAUUUACUGUGCAUUUAUUUGCAGCAAGCUUGUAAAGGCACAAAACUUAGAGCCUUCCAUACACAGUAUGGAUUCUUCAGG